AUGAAGAUAAUCAAUUUGGUCAUUGUGGUUGGACUCUCUUAUGGAUUUUUUACCACAUUCUCCAUAGGGCCCUCUUAUCUCUUCGUUCUCCGAGCUCGCAUUAUGGAAGAAGGAGAAAAACGAACCGAGAAGAAAGUAUCAGCAGCAACAGAUUUUCUUACGGGACAGCUCAUGAUGCUCAUAUCGAUCUAUUAUGUGCCUUUGCAUCUAGCAUUAGGUAGAGCUCAUACAAUAACUAUCUUAGCUCUACCGUAUCUUUUGUUUCAUUUCUUAUGGAACAAUCACCAACACUUUUUUAAUUAUGGAUCUACUAACAGAAAUUCAAUGCAUAAUCUUAGCAUUCAAUGUUUUUAUUGGUUGGUUAAUUGGCCACAUUUUAUUCAUGAAAUGGUUAUUAGAUCUAAUAAGUACCUUGUGUUAGAAUUAAGAAAUUCUAUGGCUCAACUCUUUAGCAGAAUACCAUCACCCAUUAUUACAACGAAACUGAAAGAAAUCUCAACAAUGGAAGAAAAUGGGGAAAGUGAGGUAGAAAUAGAUGUAGAAAUAGAAACAACUUUAGAAACAAGGGGGACUAAACAGGAACAAGAGAGAUCCACCAAAAAAGAUCCUUCUCCUUCCCUUUUUUUUGAAGAAAAGGAUGAUCCGAACAAAAUUGAUGAAACAGAAGAGAUACGAGUGAAUGGAAAGGGAAAAACAAAGAAUAAAUUCCACAUUAAAGAGACACGCUGCAAAAUAGACCCUUUUAUGAAACUUAUUAUAUGGUCGUGA